GCCCAACCUGUGUGACCCGAGUGGCCGCGUUUCUGAGUCAGGAAAAUGUCUGAUCAGGAAGAAGAAUUUGGUGCUCAGAAUAUUGUUAAUGCACCAGAAAAUGAUGGUGCUUUCGGGACUAUCACCAUUCCAGUUCCCUCAGCAGGACUUCCCGAGACAGACCAAACUGAAGAUAAUGAAUCUCAUGUAGAACCGUCUGGUCAGGGCCAUGACACGCAUGCUGAGGAGGAACGUAGCCAGAGUUUAGUAAGCCUGGAACCAAAUGAUGAAGACCAACCUGUGGAAGAGGUUAUGUUGCCCAGACACGUUUUAUAUUCUCCAAGAUAUUCUGAAAAGCACUAUGUAACUGACUAUGAUAACGCAAUGCUGUCAGCCAAAUGGGAUUCAAAUGUUGGAUCCCUUACAUUACUGGACAAAGUACAGGCUAUAAAGGAAUCUCUGAAAACAUCAAUGAAAGAUUCCUCAGCAACAGUAAAAGUCGUACUUUUUCCUGUGGGCCAGGAAGUUAUAAUGCAUUUUAGAAUAGACUCCAUUGUAAAAUAUCUCAAGGAUCAUUUUUCAUACCUAUUAAGCAUCCCAUCCAACAUACUGCGGAUAAGAUAUUCAGGAAUGAUCCUUAAAAAUAAUGAGACCCUACUACAACAUGGAGUUAAGCCACAGGAUAUUGUACAAGUGGAAAUCUUUUCUACAGAUCCAGAUCUAUUUCCAAUCAAAAGAAUAGAUGGAUUAACUGAUGCCUCUCACAUCAUAACUGUCAGGAUACAAACUGGCAUUGCUCAGUACCAGGACGUAGCUGUUGAGAUUAUAAAAUCUGACUUUCACAAACCAUUUCUUGGUGGAUUCAGACAUAGAAUGACAGGAAUAGAAUAUCACAAUGCUGGAACACAAACUCUACCUAAAAAGAUUCCCAAAAAGGACUCUGUAUUUUGUAGGGAUGCACAGACAGUCUUUCAGAGAAAAAAGCUCCAGCAAACUACAAAUACAACAUCCACACAGAUGACUAAAAUUGGGGUGUAUGUAUCAAAUAUGACUGACAAACUGGUAACACCAGGAAAAUAUUUUUCGGCAGCAGAAUACCAUGCUCAAAGAUUACAGGCGGUGAUAGUGUUACAGACUUACUAUAGACGAUGGCGUGCUAAAGUCAUGGUAGAGAAUUUAAGAAGACAGAAAAUGUUAAGGUUGAAGUGGGAAGCAGAGGAAGAACAAAGGAAGAUAAGAGAAAAAGAAGAAUGGAUGAAAUUAGACUAUAACCGGAGGCAUAAUCCUCAAACAAAAGAAGAUUUUGAACUUCUUUUUAAUGCAUUGGAAUUCUGGCGGCAAGAAGAACUUGCACGCAUUAACCAGUCUUUCACUGGGGCUGAAAGAAAAGCUGCUUUGUGUGAACUUCUGGAAAAAGAGACCCAGAUAAUUGCUUCCAUUGGGAGGCAUAGAUACAUGGCGAAUAUGGCAAACCAAGAAGCCCUGAUACAAGCUUUUUUGGAUAAGUGUUCAGCUCCAAGGGUAUGGAGAUCACUUAGCGGCAAAAUGAUUGAGAUGGAUACACAGUUCACCAUCAGAGCCAGAGAGCUGCAGAACAUCUAUAAAUGCAUAGUGCUGAAAAAUGUCUCUCAAGAUGAAAGACUGGAUGUACUCCUAACACUUAAACAUACUGUGAAGGAACAUGAAUGUAAACUGACUCAGGAAAUUCUAGAAUUGAUUGACAGAGAGGUUGAUCUUAUGAUGAGAGGAGUCAAGCAUCAUAAUCUUGAAGGGCUCAGAAAAAGAAUCGCAACACUCUUUUUUCAUUACAUCAAAACACCUCUAUUUAAUCCAGAAGUUGCAAGACACCUUAAGGUCCCUCAAGACCCACUGAAGUUUUAUAAGAAGAUUUACUUUUGCCACAGUUGCCAGCUCUACUUGCCUUCCACAGAGUUUGCUGUAUCAUCCACCUCACACCGUGUAUACCGGUGUCGUAACUGCAUUAACCUUGACAAUGAGACUCGGCAACGAGAAUCGUUUUUGAAGUACAAAUGUUUACUUCAACGGCUCUACUAUUCAGAAGCUAAUUAUGAAGAUGAUUCUAAAAUUGCUUUCCUGAUGCAGCUACAAGAUAUUCAGUACCUGGUAGAGAACAUCUGGGCAUCGCAGUCAGUACUCAGUGCCUGGAAUGAUCUCCACGAUCUGGUCAUGGUCAGGUGGGACAAGUCCUUGGAAUGGUCCCCCUGGAACUGCAUUCUUCUUACCAAAGAUGAAGGCGUUAUUCAUCUCAAACUAACAAGUACUGAAGAGGGAUAUGAACCCUCGUUUAUUCACAAGAUCAAACACAAACAUAUCCUGGCUAAGAACUAUUUUUCUCAAAUUCCAGUGCUGGCUUCAUUUAUACUUGAUAAUGGUGAGAUAGAUGAGAUCAGAAAGAAAUAUCGCUCAGACACAGCACCUAAGAUUAUAAUGUCCCAGAGGCCUCAUCCCUAGAAGAUCCAGGGGUAUUUGAUGAUCAGCAUUUUUGUCCACUGCUAACAGAGGAAUGCACCAUGCAAUAUGGAAAUAGAAUUUUAUCUUUUUAUUGA